AUGAAUCUGCGCUACAUUUGCACUCUGUCGCUGCUGCCCACGCUGUACGUGCUGCUGGUGCUGCUGCUGGACUAUGUGGAGCAGGGCUUGGCACAGAAUCCGGAUCCGCUGUUUGAGCUGCCCGUGCAGCUGGUCGGCUUUCCAGUGAUUGUCCUGUCCGUGCGGCUGUCGCAGUUUGCCAAAAAGCUGGCCUACUCCCUCAACCCGAAUACGUACCGUGCGCGCAGCAGACGCGACGCCGGCCAGCCGCACGCCCUCGACGCUGAGUUGGCCAAGAAGGAAAUUCUGCGCGAGUUCGGGCCACAGGCUUGCAUACUCGAGGAGCCGUGUCGCAUGCAUGCCGCACGUUCUGCCAGCCAACGACGUUCUGCCACUGAAGGCAACGCCGCACCACAUGCGCCCUGGUCCGAGGUCUUGAGGAACUACAAAGUGCAAUCAACCGGCGGCUUGAAACAAUGGUAUCUGCUCUCGCUCUUUAUCGGCGAUGCUGUGCGAGAUGUGCCGCUAUGCAAGCACCUGGCCAAGCGGAUGCCCUGUCCAGGCGCCGGACCGCUGCCGCCGCCACAGCCUCGCUAAGGACCUACUGCAACAUGG